UUAUUAAGUUAUCUAGUAAUAAACUGGCAACUUAGUGCAGACUAUACCAGCAUGUACUGUAGAGAAGCCUUAAAAAUAAAUGGGCUGAGCUGUUGGUCUCUUGAGCUCCUUGACUUAAAAAGAGCAAAGUGUACACUCCCAUCACCACAAGCAAGCAACCAAGCAGCACAACAGCGAAGCCACUUUGCAUCUUCUGAAGGUAGACGCAUGUCUGCUAGCCUCCAGUAAUGGAUAGAUUUGGGACACUCACUCAGCUCUUCACUGCAGUUGCACUGCUUGGUGGUGUGUGUCACUGCUGGGAGGCGUACGUGCAGGGACCAGUCAACGCCGUCAGGGGCAGCUGCGUGUUGGUGCCGUGCAACACUGUAACUUACAGGAACGUCAAGUGGUACGCAUAUAGAAGAAUGAGCUACCCAGUUGUGUACUCCAACGACCGCAGCGAGAUAAUGGAUGAGUUUAAAGGAAGGACAUCAGUCCCAAAUGCACAAAACGGAAACUGCACUUUAAAGAUUGACAACGUCCGGCAACAAGACAGCGAGGUGGACCUGUACGUAUGGAUCUGGACAUAUGGUGAAGAUAAAGGAUUUUAUGACAGAACCAUCAAAAUAAAUAUAUUGGAUCCCGUGCGACCUCAUAUGUCCGUGGCCAACACACAGGUCGAGGGAAAGCCUUUCACUGCAACAUGCAGAUUCCGCCAUUCCUGCCCCUCAGCUCCACCACAGAUGUCCUGGCAGGGUUUGAGUUCCACUUCUAAUGUAUUGACCCACAGGAAGGACGCGGAGGGAUUAUGGGAAACUGAGGCCACUGCUACGUUCAGAGUAACUCGCCAAAACCAGGGCGCACGUCUCAGCUGCAGGACCGUUCUCAGUGGACAAACUUUAGAGAGUGGUUCCGUUUCGCUCGACAUCUCAUACGCUCCCACAGACGUGAAAAUAGAUUACAUAGGACGUACCAGUGUAGUUGAGGGUGAGAAGAUCUCACUUCAAUGUACUAGCAAGGGCAAGCCUCAACCCACUGCCUAUGAGUGGCUCGUCACCCAAAACAACAACACUAUCCGCCUCAAAGGAAGUACUGUUCUCCUUCAAGAUGUCAGAAGACGCACGUCCGUUUCCUGCAUCGCCACUAACUCCGUCGGACAUGGUGAAUCAAAGCAGCUAUCACUGGAUGUCCAUUAUGCCCCCAUGGAUGUGAAAGUAGAUUACACAGGAAACACCACGGUGGUCGAGGGUAACGAGAUCUCACUUAGAUGUGUCAGCGAUAGCAGGCCUACACCCACACACUAUGAGUGGCUCGUCACCCAGAACAACACCACCAGGCACUACAAAGUACGUACUCUUGUCCUUCGAGAUGUGAGAAGAGACACGUCGGUCUCCUGCAUCGCCACUAACACCAUCGGACGUGGUGAAUCAAAGCAGUUAUCGCUCAAUGUCCAUUAUUCUCCAUCGAUCGUGCAAGGCUUAUUUUGCUCCAUGCAGAACAGAAAACUACAGUGUGUGUGUCAAGCAGAGGCCAAGCCAAGUGUUGUCAUCUCUUGGACCGUAGAUGGCAGCAGUGAGGUUUUUCCACCCUUCAACACCACGACUCAGCACAAUGGAAGCAUGACGGUGUCAGAGUUGACUGGACCGCAGGGCCACAACGUCACCUGCACGGCGACAAACAGUGUGGGCUCCGAAUUUACCCAGAUACUUGUCCAGUCUGAAGGGGAUACUUCAGCAGUGUUUGCGGUGGUUGGGGCGUCUGCCGGGGUGUGCGUCAUCUUAGGACUUGCUGUGACAGUGCUCAUGAUUUGGAAAAAGAGACGCCAUGCAGUGCCACGUGGAGGUCUCUCCACUGCCCAGCAUGUGACGGCUAAUAAAACGUGCCAUGACUACAGUUUGGAGUCAGAUGAAGACCUGUAUGUUAACGCAGUGCGCGGUCAACAGGUUUAUGAAGAUCAGGACGCAGAGUCCUGUAUCUACCAGAAUUAUGAUAAAAGUUCCUGAAUCAUGAGGAUCAUUGUAACUUUUGAGUAUGUACUUUUAAGUAUCUAUUUUUGUAUAUACGAUAAAACCUGAAAUAAAGUAUCGCUUAAACAAAGAAUGGCUCUCUUGUCUUUACACGAAUACAGAGAGGGGAAAAAAUACUAACGCUGUACUGAACCAUGUCUUAUUUGAACUGAAUUAACACACCACUUUAAGAUCUUUGGAUGUCAGCUGAUGAAUGAGUUCUUUUUGUUAUUAAAGACGAGUAAGGGGUGUUCAGAGUGGUGUAAACUCGCACAGGUGGAACGGUUUAGAUUAACCCCCUUGCCUUGUUUAAUCUAAUAUGUAGCUCAUUAUAUAAACAGGCAUCCCACGGUCAGAGAGGCUUAUAAAGAGAUCCUGUCCUACGCAUACCCGAAUAAAAACAGAUGGCCCUGCCUGGUCGUAAAAGUCACCCA